AUGUCCGGCUUGGGAGGUCGCAAUGUCGACCUGAGCAAGCAAGAGUCGGAAUUGGCCAACAACAUCCGCAAGGCCACCACCGUCGAGGAGACCGCGCCCAAGCGCAAACAUGUCCGCGCAUGCAUCGUCUAUACCUGGGACCACCGGAACAGCGCGGGUUUCUGGAAUGGCAUGAAGGUCCAGCCCAUCCAGGCCGAUGAGAUCCAGACCUUCAAGGCCCUCUACACCAUCCACAAGGUUCUGCAGGAGGGUCACAAAUCUGCAUUGGUCGAGGCGCAGUCGCAGAUGCAAUGGAUCGAAAGCCUGUCUCGCGGCAUGGGCGGUGGAGGGAUAGACGGCGCUCGUGGGUACCAUCCUCUCAUCAAGGAAUAUGUGCGCUUUCUCAUGUCGAAGCUGCGCUUUCAUCGCGACCACGUUGAGUUCAACGGCACGUUUGAAUACGAGGAGUACAUUUCCCUGAGGUCGAUCAAUGACCCCAACGAGGGUUAUGAGACCAUCUCCGAGCUCAUGACGCUGCAGGAUCAGAUUGAUACUUUCCAGAAAUUGAUCUUUGCGCAUUUCCGAUCGGGGUCGAACAACGAGUGCCGCAUCAGCGCGCUGGUGCCACUGGUACAGGAGAGUUACGGUAUCUACAAAUUCGUGACCAGCAUGCUCCGCGCCAUGCACACCACCCUCGGCGACGAUGAUGCCUUGAGCCCGCUCCGUGGACGAUACGACGCGCAGCACUACCGCCUCCAACACUUUUACGGCGAAUGCGCCAACCUUCGCUACCUUACCUCUCUCAUCACAAUCCCGAAGCUUCCUCAGGACCCACCAAACCUGCUCACUGAGGAUGAGAGCGCGCCCGGUCUCCCUUCACGUCCCAAGGCAGAGGCACCCAAGCCUCGUGAGCCUUCACCACCAGUGCAAGCGGAGCCCGAGCCCAUGAAUGAAUUUUGGCAGAAUGAGCAGGCCAGGCAGCAGGAGGAGUAUGCUCAAGAGCAGGCACGUCUGCAACAACAAUGGCAGGAUGCGCAGAGGCAGCAACAGCAGGCGCAAUUGCAGGCACAACGCGACUUUGAGGAGCAGCAACGGCUGCAGGCGGAGCAGCAAAGAUUGCAAUUGGAGGCGCUGCAGAGGGACCAAUACAACCAGCAGACCCAAGGGCGUAUGGCUGAGUUAGAGCGUGAGAAUUUGAACGCGCGCGCACAGUACGAGCGCGAUCAGCUCAUGCUCGAGCAAUACGAUCGUCGAAUGAAGGCUCUGGAGACGGAACUCGCACAACUCAACCAGACAUUCCAACAGCAAUCGCAAAGCAAAGACGACCAGAUCCGAGCUCUGCAGGAGCAAGUCAACACCUGGCGAACAAAGUACGAGGCUCUCGCGAAACUCUACAGCCAGCUGCGACACGAGCAUCUUGAGCUUCUGCAGAAAUUCAAGGGCGUCCAAUUAAAGGCUGCCUCUGCUCAAGAAGCCAUCGACAAGCGAGAGAAGCUCGAGCGUGAGCUCAAGACGAAGAAUCUCGAGCUUGCAGACAUGAUCCGGGAGAGAGACCGUGCUCUUCACGACAAGGAUCGCACUACAGGCGGUCACCGCGACGAGCUCGAGAAACUCCGACGCGAGUUGCGUAUGGCCCUCGACCGUGCUGAGAACUCUGAGCGUUCCAAGGGAAGCGAACUUUCGGCGCUUUUGUCAAGGCACAACCGUGAGAUUGCCGACUUGGAGGAAGCUCUUCGCAACAAGACUCGUGCUUUGGACCAAACCCAGUCAAAGCUGGGCGAGGGUAGCUCCGAUCUUGAGCGUCAAUUACGCGAGAAGGAGGAAGAACUCGAGAUUUACAAAUCCAGCUUGGACCAGGCCCUUCUCGAUCUGGCGGAGCUGCAGAACGGUGGCGGCGCUGUGGAUAAGGCUAUGGAUGAGCAGAUUGAUGUUCUGCUCCUAGACAACAUCAAGAAAAUCAACGACAUCAUCGACUCCAUUCUGCAGGCAGGUGUGCGGAGAAUCGAUGAUGCCUUGUAUGAGCUUGACAGCGCGAAUCAAGCAGGUAACCAGAACGCGACUGGACCAUAUGUGCUCUCUCAGAUUGAAAAGGCCCAAAGCACAGCGAUGGAGUUCAGCACAGCAUUCAAUGGCUUUAUCGCUGAUGGUCCUAACAGCACCCACGCCGAAGUCAUCAAGACUGCGCACUCUUUCUCAAAUGCGAUUGCGGAUGUUCUGUCGAACACCAAGGGUCUCAUUCGUUUCGCGAACGAUGACAGGAAGGGGGACCAACUUAUCGCUGCUGCCCGCCGAUCAGCCACUGCAAGCAUCGACUUCUUCCGGGGUAUCGAGUCAUACCGAUUGGAUGGUCUCGAGGAUCUGCAAAAGACGGAUGUUGUGAUCAACAAGAACAAUGAUGUCCAAAUCGCCCUCAACAACCUCACCAAACUCGCCGAUGCCUUCGCGCCCAAGACCAACAAAAUCACCAACCAAUCCGGCGAUCUUGGCGAGCUCGUCGACCGCGAAAUGACCAACGCCGCCAAAGCUAUCGACGCCGCCACCGAGCGCCUCACCAAGCUCAUGAACAAGCCCCGCGACCAAUACACCACCUACGAGCUCAAAAUCCACGACAGCAUCCUCAACGCUGCCAUCGCCGUCACCUCGGCCAUCGCGCAACUCAUCAAAGCCGCAACCGCCUCCCAACAAGAGAUCGUCCAACAGGGCCGCGGCAACAGCAGCAAAACGCAAUUCUACAAGAAAAACAACCGCUGGACCGAAGGUCUCAUCUCUGCCGCCAAAGCCGUCGCCCGCUCCACAAACACCCUCAUCGAGACCGCCGACGGCGUCAUUUCCGGCCGCAACUCCCCCGAACAGCUCAUCGUCGCCUCCAACGAUGUCGCUGCAUCCACCGCACAGCUCGUCGCUGCGAGCCGUGUCAAGGCCUCUUUCCAGAGCCGGACUCAGGAACGUCUGGAGGAGUGCUCGAAGGCCGUCACUAGUGCGUGCAGGGGUUUGGUUAGACAGGUCCAGAGUAUUAUCGAGGCGAAACAGAAGGAUGGCGAUGAGGUAGUGGACUAUGCUGCGCUCAGUGGACACGAUUUCAAGGUCCGGCAGAUGGAGCAGCAGGUCGAAAUCUUACAACUCGAGAACGCCCUCAGCGCGGCGAGACAUCGCUUGGGUGAAAUGCGGAAAAUUUCCUACCAGGACGAGGAUUAG